GCUUUCCCUUAGCCGAGCGAGUUAGCAGCUUGUUCAGCCGCCUGCCAAGGAGGAAGGGAAGGAGUCGGUGCAGAGAACCGGCGGCCCGCUGGGCGCCACCGGACAGCGAGCGCUUGUCCAGGCCCCAGAGAAAACCUCAUGCCCAGCUGCAGUGACAUAGCAAUGAUCUCCUCGCCGUCCUUGCGUGAUGGAGAUGACGAAAGAGAUGUCUGCGUUUUGACAUUUGCGGACUUGGAACUGAAAGAACAUCUUCCUUUCCCAUCCAAAAGCCGCCUGAAAGCUGAGUGUGAUGCCAGGGCCAGAAAGAAACAUGCAUCUGCCAAGAGGAAGGCCUUUGCGCUCUUUGUCAAAGCCAAGGAAGUGGCCACUGACUCUCACUGCCUGACAUCUGCUUGCCAAGGGACAGUUCACUGGAGAUGCUGCCAACAAACCUUCAAAGACCUGGUGGGCAUCCACCGGCAUGUGGCCGCCCAUCAUUUUGUCGAUGUGGGGCAACAGGCAGCUGCUAUCUUAAAGCAGACUGUAGCUGAAGCUGACGUCGUAAGCAACCGAGUGUCCACAGACAAGCUGCGUAGGCCUGAGGGGCCCCCAAAUCAACCCCUGGAGACGCUCCCAGACAUAAGCCAUAUCAGGGUGGACGAAUUGAUGAGUGAGGCGGGACAGGUUCUGCUCUUCUACUGUUACUGUGAGGUGGCUGAUCCUGAGGGACUGUGCCUGUGGCAGAAGGCUUUGUGUCAACACCUGCAUCUGAAUGGAAAGGUACGAAUUGCUUCUGAGGGUAUUAACGGAACUGUUGGUGGGAGCACAACCGCGACCCACCUAUAUGUGGACACGAUGCUUUCUCAUCCGCUCUUUAAAGGCAUUUUGACGAGGGAUGAUUUCAAGACCAGCACAGGCGGAGCUGACUGUUUCCCAGACCUUCGGGUUGGUGUCUUUGAAGAAAUUGUGCCCCUGGGGAUUAGCCCAAAGAAAGUCUCCUACAAAGAAACCGGAAUCCAUUUGACUCCAAAGGAGUUUCAUAUAGAAGUGGAGAAAUAUCUUUCUCAGGGUAAUAAAGCACAGAAGGACACCAUUUUGCUGGACUGCAGGAACUUCUACGAAAGUAAAAUAGGGCAUUUCCAAGGCUGUUUGGCACCAGACAUCCGAAAAUUCAGCUAUUUCCCCAGCUACGUAGAUGAGAACUUGGAGCUUUUCAGAGGGAAACGCAUCCUGAUGUAUUGCACUGGGGGGAUUCGUUGCGAGCGAGGCUCAGCUUACCUCAGAUCCAAGGGCAUAUGCAGGGGGGUGUACCACCUCAAGGGUGGCAUCCAUAAGUACUUGGAAGAAUUUCCAGACGGGUUCUACAGAGGGAAGCUUUUUGUCUUUGACGAGCGGUACACCAUCUCCUCCAAUGGCGACGUGAUUUCAGCCUGCCGCUACUGUGGGAAUCUUUGGGACCAGUACCGACUUUGCUCCACCCAGCCCUGUCGCCAGCUCAUCCUGACAUGCCCGCAGUGCCAGCGGAAAGGGCUGACCGCCUGCUGCCCUGUUUGCCAGAAGAAGGGACCCCUGGCUUCCAACCCUUCUGGACGAGCCUUCAAAGAGCGAUGCGAGUGUACAGAGACGCGGCAGCGGGUGCCGGUAGAACGCAUUUAACAAAGCGUUGUGGAGCGAAAAAAACAAAAACCCUCUGCAGAGAUGUCUGCUUUGGAACCCGAUCCUUAGAUACAUGCUAAUGGAAUCGGGGGGAGGGGGGGGGGCAGCCAGUUCCAUUCGGCAACUUUGCAGACUUCUGAUCUAGAUAGUAGCCAGGGCUUCAGUGCAACGCUAACUUGCUCCUAGGAGUAAAUUAAUGGGGCGCACAAAGCAAAAAAAAAAAAUCCACCCUCCCGUGGUGCUACGCAACAAUGUCCUCAUGGCAAGACUACCACCCUUGCUUGCAAUCUGAUACAGACCAUUCCCCUUGCUUGCUGUUGCUGUGCUUAGUAAAGCAUGAGUAAGGUCGUUACAACUUCCAGGAAGUUCAAACCCUGUGGGUGGGCUGUUGCAUGUAUGCACAGUCAGGAAGCCAUGACGGGCCCUGGUUUCCUGGUGAACGCACAUCAUGCCUUCUUCAGCCAACUACAGGCUUGCACACUUGCUACUAUAUAUCUGUGGGCAUCCUGCUCUUCCCAAGUCAAGGUACAUUCUGUACAGGCAAGACAACUGCAUGGUCCUUACCACUGUAUAAGAGAGCCCUGCCACAACCCUAGCAAAAGUGUACCGCUUGCACAAUCCUCAGUCGGCCUCUGGCUGGGCCCCCAAGUUUCCUAAGUGCUAGAGAAAGAGUGCUGGGUUAAUAAUAUGUCUUCCAAGAGCCAGAGUGUAGUGUAAUCUUUCAUGUCAGAUAAGUACAGGAACUGGCACAGAUGCUCUGUAGCUUGUGAGGAUCAGUUGUGUGGAAUAAGCACACCCAGCACAAACCCCUGCAUGAACAUGGCAUUGAAUGUCCUUAGGUUUGUAAAUAGCCACUCAGGUGCUCACCUCAGGUGACUAAGAUUCUUGUCUGGGUGACGAGGCAGGAAUGUGGACAAAAGGCUUUGUGUUUGCUGUGCUUUCGGGCUAUAAACUGAUAAGUAGGUGGUCUUUUGCAACUGGAUUUGCAAGACUGGAUGAGGUGGAAUGACAUUAGCAUCAUAUGAUGUUACACUAGUGUUCAGCCGUCCGCUCUGGGGUACUGCAUUUGAUAUCCAUGUGCCAUUUUCAAAAGCAAGCCUUUGGUAGAAUUUAUUUUAGCAAAGUGGGAGGGUUUGAUAACUGGAUAAACCAAAUUGCCAUUCGGGAUCCACCAGCUGGAGGCAAGUGGCUAGAGUACUGGACUUGAUCUUGAUAUGUUCUGCCUCCCCUGGACCCAAUACCUGGCAGUAGACAGGUCUUCCCUUUCCAGCCUCAGUUCUCUCAACUGUGAAAUGGGAGCAAUAAGUAACAACAAUUUACCUUGCAAGGGUUUGCACAGUAGAUGCCCCAGCAUUUAUCAACCCGAGUGAGUCUGUGAACGGAUUGGAUGAAUGAGCUCAGAAAUAUUUUAAAUCUCCAGCACAGGGCUUGAAAAAUGAUUUCUGAAAACUGUGAGAAUGAUCCAAGACAAGGGGGGGGGCUAAGGCUCUGCUUCCUCAUGUUAUACCAGAGCCUGCUUCCCCACUGACUUAGUUCUGUCUUCCCCAAUGGGCAGAGGUCUCUUUAGGUCUAAGGCAGUGGCUCCCAACCUCUUUGGCACCAGGGACCGGUUUCAUGGAAGACAGUUAUCACACGGACUGAUGGGGCGGGGGCGGGGAAAUGCUGGAGGUCUUUGAAUGGGGGGGGAGACUGGGGCUGCUUUUGCCACCUCCCUGCUAGGUGACAAAAGGCUAGUCUGCCUCCCCCUCCCAUUUAAAGACCCCUGCCCGAGGCUGCGCUGCCACUUUCGUCUGCCCGGGUGGCACCUCUGCCUUGCUCUGCGGCCUGGUUGCUAGCAGGCCACGGACCGGUAACAGUCUGCGGCUCGGUGGUUGGGGUCCCCUGGUCUAAGGCAUAACCUUUUCUUUCUUGUGAGCCUUUAACUUGGGGGCAGUCGAGCAGAUAAAUGCAUGCAAAUGUGUGCCAAGUCACUGAGUGACAGCCUCUCUCCAGAGUGUUGGUUUUUUUUUAACGGCAGGGCUGGGAAACAAAAUCUUACUGGGAAGUGGGUGAAUUGGGAAGGGCAGUCUUACAUACUGAGAUGGAGAUGCCCACCAGUUGCAACCCAUGAUACCCAUUCCCACUGGUGCAUGUCUCAGAAUUAAAUCAGAGCACCAUCAAGGGCCAACGGAAGUCACUUGCUAACUGCAGCAGAAUGCUAGACUUUGAGGGAGGAAUUGCAUCAGAGCUACGGACCUCCUUUCAGAAUACAAGACCCAGUUCAGAUUCCUGUGAUGCUCACUUUUCAUUUUUAGAAGGCAAGUUUCUAACUGUUGGCCCUGAUCCAGCUGUAGCUGUGACAUCAAAGAAGCUACAGUCCAAAACACCUGGGAGCAAGCCAUAUUGGAUGCAAUGAAUCUCACAUCUAAGUAAACAUGCAUGGGAUUGUGCUGGGGGUGGGUGGGAUCCAGCGCUCUCUAUAACCGCAUGCAUGCUGCUCUUCAUGUCUAACAAGAUUAUGCACGCUAUCAACUACAGAAUUAGUUAUGCAGUACAAGAUAAAUACUGCCGAUGUGGUUAUUUUAGGGGAAAUUCAUACAGAGGGUGGAAAUCAGCUUUCCUUGGCAUGUGGGGUAAUUUGCCCAGGAGGGCAGUUCUGAAAUGUAGCAGAACUGCGUUUCUGUUCUCAAACCGAGGGGAGGCACAGUUAGGUUGUCCUUCAGAGAACUGCCCACAAAAACCUCAUUUGGGCAUCUGACCUCUUGGUAUAUAAUUACACUUCGCGUGUCCUUGCCAGUGCAGGCGAAUCUCUGGAUCAUACUCUGGGAAUCGGGAUGAAUUUGAGAGGGCUUCAGAAGAUAUUCCACAUGCCAGCCAGCUUUGGCACAUGGGGGGCAGUUACAGGAUUAAACAUAAGAGUUUGUACCAACUAACAAGGGCUACAAGUACUUCCAGCAAAAAAAAAGCCAGUCCACACUCUUGGCCAACGUACUUACGAACAAUGCUUUAUUAAGGCAUCAUUUACAAGCAACACAACAUUUCGGUGCAAACCAAGCAGGUGCUUCCCCCAUUGAUUUUCUAGAGUUGCACGGGACUCUGUAGAUCAAGCCCAGCAAAAGACCUUGGUAGGCUGUUCCCAUUCAGCUGCAAACGCAGGUCUGACAGCAUUUGAGUGGGAAUGCCAAGGUCCUGUCCCCCUCCUUCCUCCCUGUUGCUUUCUUGGCACUCUCACUCUCCUCCUGAAAUGGGGGGGGGGGGGGGGGCAGGCAGAUCAUAAUGUUCUUGCUGAGGGAGGAGCCUUGUAUCUGCAGCAAGUGUUACUUCCGGGCAGAUGGCACCAUUGCCUGGCAAAAUCCACAAUCUUUCAGAUGCACGUAGGGAGGCCAGAGGCGGUGCAAAUCUACCCGUCUCCCAAAUCGCACAAACAAAAGCUUCUUGUGCAGUGUGCCGAGGAAUCCAGCAGGGGGAGUGCUUUCCUGGACCGCUCACAUCAAUUCUGCACCCAGUUCACUUCAGGGAAGCUGCUUCCCGGAAGCAAAGGUACCGAGUGCUGCCUGGAUUCCCAGAUACUGGAGCCCCUGCUCCCAUGGAGUUCCCAGACACCAAAGAGCCAUUUUGACCCAAGGGCCUGUGAACAGCAGCUUGCCCGUUCAGAAACCCAUGACAACAGUGAGGGCAGAAGCCAGUGGAACUAAUAAACAAGAAGUUUAUCAUCCCCUGGAAUCAAAGUGGCUCGAAACCAUCUUGUGUGUCUAAAUGGACUAUUUUAAGGUCUUUGAAAUUCUUCAGCAAAAAAACCAACAACACACACAUGGCCAACAGCCCACUCAGCAGCUGGCUUUCUGUUGUGCUUUGGAAAAGAGUGGCCUUAUAUUAUUUCUAUGGGGUGGGUGUGUAGAUCAACUUUUACAAAAAGGGAGAUGCUUUCACAGCUGAAUUUAAACUUAAGAACCGGGAUUGCUGCUAACUGAUUGUAAUUCACGCGUGUCGAUUGAUGAUAUACUUUUGAAAGACAGAAACCCUGUCAAGCUGGUAGUUUCUUUCUAAUUCUCUGGAGCAAGUUUAAAAACAACAAUAAAGUAUUUUUAAACUGUU